GGCGGAGAGUGCCGAGGUGAAGCAGUGGGAGGGAUUCGUGUUGGCAGCGGGAGGAGCCUCAAAGUGAACUAUAAAGGAGGAAGUUGAGGCACUGUAGUGCAGCUUCGGGACCCGUGUUGUGAAGUCUUACCUUCGCCCUUCUACCGGGAGCAGUGGUGGAGGCAGCGGGGGAACCCGAAUGAUCAACUUUUUUGAAUUUUACAAAUUAUGGAAGUUCAGAAAACAUCUGAAAGAAUUCUUUUAGAACCCUACAGAUACUUACUUCAAUUACCAGGUAAACAAGUGAGAACCAAACUUUCACAGGCAUUCAAUCACUGGCUGAAAGUUCCCGAAGAUAAGACACAGAUUAUCAUUGAAGUUACAGAGAUGCUACAUAAUGCCAGUUUACUCAUUGAUGACAUUGAAGACAACUCAAAACUACGCCGUGGCUUUCCUGUUGCCCACAGCAUAUAUGGAAUUCCAUCUGUUAUCAAUUCUGCCAAUUAUGUAUAUUUCCUUGGACUAGAGAAAGUUUUAACUCUCAAUCACCCAGAUGCAGUAAAGCUCUUUACCCGCCAACUUCUAGAACUUCAUCAGGGACAAGGCUUAGAUAUUUACUGGAGGGAUAACUACACAUGUCCCACUGAAGAAGAGUAUAAAGCUAUGGUGCUGCAGAAGACAGGUGGACUUUUUGGAUUAGCAGUAGGUCUCAUGCAGUUGUUCUCCAACUACAAAGAAGAUUUAAAGCCACUCCUUAAUACACUUGGCCUCUUUUUCCAAAUUAGGGAUGAUUAUGCUAAUCUACACUCCAAGGAAUACAGUGAGAACAAAAGUUUUUGUGAAGAUCUAACUGAGGGCAAAUUUUCAUUUCCUACUAUUCAUGCUAUUUGGUCUAGACCUGAAAGCACUCAGGUUCAGAAUAUCUUGCGACAGAGGACAGAAAACAUAGAUAUUAAAAAAUACUGUGUACAUUAUCUUGAGAAUGUAGGUUCCUUUGAAUAUACUCGUAAUACACUUAAGGAGCUUGAAGCUGAAGCCUAUAAACAAAUUGAAGCACUUGGUGGAAAUCCCGAGUUGGUAGCUCUAAUUAAGCAUUUAAGUAAGAUGUUCAAAGAAGAAAAUUGAUAGUUUUAAAACCAUUAUUAGUUUGGUGGCUUACUUUAGCCAGAGCUUUUACUUAGUUCACCUGUCACCAAUUUAAAAUGUCAAUCAAACUACUAGCCUUCAAAAAUCAUUGGAUGAAUAAUGACAUGAACAAAGUAUUGUUCUGUCAGUCCCUGUUGGUCAUAAGCACAGAGAGGUAAUUACAAAACACAGUUGUGGUCUUUUUUCUUUUUAUGCCCACCAAGGCACAAAAUUAAAUGAGUCUUGAGUGGCCAGAUUUGAAUUAGUGAUAUAUGGAAUAAUUAAAAAUCUCUGCCUUAUGUAGUCAAGAAUGAACUGAAGACUAUUGCUGUGAAUGUUUCACUCUUGUCAAUAAAGAAGAAUUCAGCCUCUCUGGAUUGGAUUUUUAUCUUGCUAUUUUCCACAGUGCUGUAAUAAUUUUUUAAAUACUUUGAAUUUUCCAUUGUAAUGAUGAUCGUAAAGAAAUCUCCAAUAAAAAAAAUCAUGAUUAUUUGCUGCUACAGGAUGGA